GAAGACGAGUGAGUCACUUUGAAUAUGGAAGAACAACAAAACAAUUCUUUUUUUUAAUGGAAAACCCGAAAAGUCUUUGGUCAAAGCUUGGGCUACCAUGGUGUUUUUUGUUACAUAAAAUAAAUAAAAAAACUCAUGGAAGAAAAGACCUGUAAUACUAACUGUUAAUGGCUGACUCCAAUAUUGUCAAGAAAAACAUGGCAACCAUGAGAAAAUUUCCAUUUAUCUCCUUGCUUGUUUUUUCAUGCUUUUACUUGCAGGUUUACAAUGGAAGAGUUUCAGCCACUGAUACCCUUUUCCAAGGGCAAAACAUGACAGCCUCAGGUCAGUUAACAUCUUACGGAAAUGCUUUUGAAUUAGGGUUCUUUUCACUAGGAUCAACAAAUGUAUAUUUGGUGAUUCGGAUGAAGAAUGUUGCAACCAAGGAUAUUGUGUGGGUUGCCAAUAGAGACCUUCCUUUCACUGGUUCAUCUACGAUUCUCACCAUCAAUGAUGAUGGAUGCCUUGUGAUUGCGAAUGGCAGAGCAACUUAUAGAGUGAGUGAUGAUCCAUCAUCAAGCCAAAACGUGAGUGCAACGCUGUUGGAUUCUGGGAAUUUGGUUCUAAGAGAUGGGAAUAUGGAUAUACUAUGGCAGAGCUUUGAUUACCCUUCAAACACUUUUUUGCCUGGGAUGAAGUUUGGUUACAAUAAUAAAACUGGAAAAGUUUGGUCCUUAACAUCUUGGUUAGAUCAAGCGGACCCAAAUAAAGGGAAUUUUGAGCUGAAAAUGGAUCCUAAAAAAUCAAAUGGAGUGUUCCUCAUGAGGGGUACUGAAAUAUUAUGGAUGAGUGGGCCUUGGAAUGGGUAUGGUUUUGCUUUCAUGCCUGAAAUGCUUUCGCCCUACAUCUUCAACUACUUCAACUACAGCAUGUAUAGUGAUGAAAACGAAACAUAUUUUUCGUAUUCAGUGUAUAAUUCUUCUGUUAUAACUAGAUUCAUCAUCGAUGUCACCGGACAUAUGAGAGAACUUGUGUGGUUUGAAGAGUCUCAACAAUGGAUGUCGAUUUGGUUUGAACCAGGACAAUUUUGUGAGGUUUUAAACUCUUGUGGCCCAUUCAGCAGCUGCAGUGAGGAUACCACCAGUUGCAGGUGCUUGCGGGGUUUUUAUCCAUCGGGAAAGCAACAUGGCCAGGAUGGUGGAUGUAUGAGGAGAGUGGCCCUAACAUGUGGGAAUGGAGAUAAUAGGGACAUGUUCUUCAGGAUGAAUGAUGUGAGGUAUCCUGUAAGUUCAACUCAGAAAAUCAAUUCAUCAUAUAAUUUCCCAUCAGGCCCUCAAGUUUCAAACUCCGACGCAAAAGCAUGCAGAGAAGCUUGCUUGAGUAAUUGCACCUGCAGUGCAUAUGCAUAUAACACAAGUGGCCUUUGCUUGAGGUGGCACGGUGACAUUCUUGGUCUCGAACAACUGUCAGCAAAGGAUCCAAAUGGACGUACAAUCUUCAUCAAACUUGCAGCUUCUGAAUUUGACAAUGGAAGAGGAGCCAAUUGGUACCUAUGGAUAAUUGCAAUUUCUAUUGUUUUACUGGUGUUUCUUCCUUCAUCUUACAUUGUUAUUCGGCGGAAGAAGCGUUUUAAAAACAAAGGGGACAGAGAAGAUCCAAGCCAGGAUAUACUACUCUUUGAUAUGGAGAUGAGCAUCACAACGAGUAGCAGUGAUUUUUCGGGUUCCGAAAACCCCAGAAAACGGAAGAGGAAGGAUGCCCCAUUUCCACUGUUUAGCUUUGAUAGUGUAUCGCUAGCUACUGAUAACUUCUCCUCGGAGAAUAAGCUGGGAGAAGGGGGAUUUGGACCUGUUUAUAAGGGAAAACUAUUAAAUGGACAAGAAAUAGCAGUGAAAAGGCUUUCGAAACGGUCCGGGCAAGGUCUCGAAGAGUUAAAAAAUGAGACGAUGCUUAUAGCAAAGCUUCAACAUAGGAACCUUGUUAGACUAUUGGGUUGCUGUUUAGAACAAGGAGAAAAGAUUUUGAUCUAUGAGUUCAUGCCUAACAAAAGCUUGGAUUCAUUUCUUUUCGGUUCAAACAGUGAAGGAUUACUAGAUUGGGGAACACGAGUUCGAAUAAUCGAGGGGAUUGCGCAAGGUCUGCUGUAUCUUCACCAAUAUUCGAGAUUAAGGAUCAUACAUCGAGAUCUUAAGGCAAGCAAUAUCCUUUUAGACGGUGAAAUGAACCCGAAAAUAUCAGAUUUUGGGUUGGCAAGAAUGUUUGGUGCUGACAAGUUACAAGCGAAUACUAAUAGGAUUGUAGGAACUUAUGGUUAUAUGUCGCCUGAGUAUGCUAUGGAAGGCCUUUUCUCCAUUAAAUCCGACGUAUUCAGCUUCGGUGUGCUGCUGUUGGAGAUAGUGAGUGGCAAGAAGAGCACUGGCUUUUACCAUAGCAGUUCUCUUAAUCUAAUUGGACAUGCGAGUGACAAGCUUUCUCCAUUAAACCGAAACUUGAUACUCUCAUUCGAGUCUGAGUAAUUUUUUUUUUUUUUCAUUUUAUCUCGAGUUUCACAUUCAAACUUCUUGGUUUUACUUCAGGCAUGGGAAUUGUGGAAAGGAGAUAGAGUUAUUGAGUUGAUGGAUACUAAAUUGGAAGACCAAGUUUCAUAUCCUAUGCUGCACAGAUACACUAAUGUGGCUCUUCUUUGUGUUCAAGAAAUGGCAGCUGAUAGACCGACAAUGUCGGAAGUUGUUUCCAUGCUUACCAAUGAGCUCACAGUUCUAAAAUCUCCCAAAAAGCCUGCUUUCUCUAAUGCAAGGAGUACGACAAAUAGUUCAAAUCAGCCUGAAAAAUUUUCAGUAAAUGACGUCACAGUUUCGUUAAUGGAACCUCGAUAGUUAUUUUAGAUUAUAGCUCAUGUAACACCUGCCAUCGAGAAAUUUUUGAAAGUCCCACUUAAAAAGCUUAAGUAAAACAGGUGCAGUUCAAAUGCUUGGUUCCUAGUCUUGUCCAUUAGAAGCCCUCUUUGCUAUGAAUGUACUUGUGUUACUUAAGAAUUGGAUAUUGCACAUGAAAGAUAUUACAGUAUCUGUUUUGAAUAUGGAAGAAUAACAAAAUGAACUUUAUUAAUGGAAAACUAGGAAAAGUCUUGGUAAAA